AUGGCGGAGGAGGCGGGGGGGGAGGAGGAGGCGGGGGAGGAGGAGGCGGGGGAGGAGGAGGAGGAGGACGGGGCGGCGUCCGUGUUCUUCCAGCCGCAGUACAUGUGCUCCGAGUGCGGCCUGCUGUUCGACGCCCUGGAGGCCGUGCUCCUGCACCAGCAACACCACCUGCCCCCGGACCCGCCCUCGACGCCCGACGACGGUCGCUUCCGGUGCCUCGAGUGCGGCCAGCUCCUGCUGACGCCCGCCCAGCUCCUCGCCCACCAGGACGCCCACGUGCAAGGGGCGGGGGUCCCCGACCCGCAAGACCGCCUCGACCACCUCCCCGGCCGGGUCCAGUACCAGUGCGGCCACUGCCGGGAGCUGUUCGCCUCCCCCGGCCUGUGGCUGGCGCACCGGGAUGCCCGGCACCCGGCGGACGCGGAGCCGCCGCCGCCGCCUCCGCCGCCAUCUCCGCCGCCUCCGCCUCCGCCUCCGCCCAUGGAGCCCUACGAGUGCCCCGAGUGCGCCCGGCUCUUCGCCACGCCCGAGGACUUCCUGGAGCACCAGGGCACCCACUUCGCCUCGCUGGACAAGGAGGAGAGCGACGGCGGGGAGGACGAGGAGGAGGGAGAGGAGCCCCAGGGGGACGCCGGGCAGGAGGCGGGCGAGCCCGAGGCCCCGGGCCGGGCCCACCGCUGCGCCGACUGCCGUCUCCCCUGGCCGUCGGCCGACGAGCUGAGGCGCCACCGGCGGGACGCCCACGCCCUGCCGCCCGCCGCCUUCCGCUGCGCCCAGUGCCAGCGCGGCUUCAGCUCGGCCAACCGGCUCCUGGCCCACGGCCGCGCCCACGAGGACGCGACCCACGAGUGCCCCGCCUGCUCCAAGGUCUUCAAGAAGGCGGCGUCGCUGGAGCGGCACGCGCGGCUGCACCGGGGCGAGGCCCGCUACCUCUGCGUGGACUGCGGCCGCGGCUUCGGCACGGAGCUGACGCUGGUGGCCCACCGCCGCGUGCACACCGCCAACCCCCUCCACCGCUGCCCCUGCGGAAAGGCCUUCAGCAACAUGACCAAGUUCCUGUACCACCGGCGCACGCACGCGGGCAAGAGCGGCGCGCCGCCGGGCCCCCCGCCGCCGCCGCCGCCUCCGCCUCCGCCCCCGCCCCCCGCCCUGCCGUGCCCGCAGUGCCCCAAGGCCUUCUCCUCGCCCGCCCGGCUGGCGCGGCACCGGCGCGCGGUCCACGCCCCCCCCGAGCGCCGCCACCGCUGCGGCGUCUGCGGCAAGGGCUUCAAGAAGCUGGUGCACGUGCGCAACCACCUGCGGACGCACACGGGCGAGCGGCCCUUCCAGUGCGCCGACUGCGGCAAGACCUUCGCCUCCCUCGCCAACCUGAGCCGCCACCAGCUGACCCACACGGGCGCCCGGCCCUACCCCUGCCCGGACUGCGGCAAGCGCUUCACCCAGAGCUCCAACCUGCAGCAGCACCGGCUGCUCCACGGCCGGCCGGCCCGCCCGGGCGCCCCGCCCCCCUUCCCCUGCCCCCGCUGCCCGGCCGCCUUCUCCCGGGCCUCCCGCCUGCGGGCCCACGCGGCCGCCGUCCACGCCGAGGGGGCCGAGCGCCCGGCCUUCCCCUGCCCGCUGUGCGGCAAGGCCUUGGCCAGCGCGGGCGGGCUGUCCCGCCACCAGCGGCGCCACGCGGGGCUGCGGCCCCACGGCUGCGGCGUCUGCGGGCGGCGGUUCGCGGCGGCCGCGGGGCUGCGGCUGCACCAGCGGGUCCACGGGCUGACGCCCCCCCCGGCCCCCCCGCCGCCCGCCCCUCCCCGCCAGACCAUCAUGUGCAACGAGCUGGGCGAGACCAUCGCCAUCAUCGAGACGGCCCAGCCCCUGGCCCUGGAGGACACGCUGCAGCUCUGCCAGGCGGCGCUGGGGUCCGGCGGCCUGCUGCAGCUCGACGCCGCCUUCGUCUGAGGGGCGGGGGCGGGGCCGGACGCACAUUAAAAUUUGGCUUGCUGCUUGCCGGGA